AUGGCAAAGCAUCCAGGAGAUCUCCUUUCAUCUCUGCUAACUUUGCCAUCCCCUGCUGCUGAUGAUCAAGUUCUGCUUAUGGAUAUACUGGACCAACGUCUCUCACUUCCAAAAAGGCAAAUAGCAGACCAAGUGGUCUGCAUUGCAAAGCUAGCAUUUUCAUGUCUAAAUCCAAAUCUAGAGUCUUGGAGACAAAAGCUUGAGAGUCAUGGUACUUGUCGUGUAGGUGCUGCUCUACUGCGUUCACUGUAUACAAGUAGAGAAGCUGAGGCCCUUAUGAAAUGGAAGGAGAGCCUUGAUAUUAACCCAUCUCAUUCUCUUCUCCCCUUUUGGCGUCUCAAUUCCACCUCUGCUUUCGCUAAUUCUUCUCGUAGCCCCUGCAAGUGGGUUGGGAUCGUUUGUAACAAGUUUGGAAGCAUCAUCGAGAUUGACCUUCCAAGAUCUAAUCUUAAAGGUACGCUUCGAAACUUCAACUUCUCCUCGUUUCCCAACUUACUCAAGUUUAAUAUAUCUAACAACUCCCUUUAUGGAAGUAUUCCCUCCCACAUAAGCAACCUUUGCAAACUCAUUUACCUUGAUAUGGGGUCCAAUCAUCUCUCUGGUAACCUUCCAUCAGCAAUAAGGCUUUUGACAAGUUUACGUUACCUUGCAGUGCCUAAAAAUUAUUUGAAUGGCGCUAUACCACCUGAAAUAGGCGUGUUGGAGUCUCUUGAGGAGUUGCAUGCAUAUAAUAACAACUUUUCAGGUUCAAUUCCUUUGUCCAUUGUAAACUUGACCAACUCAACAAAGUUGGAUCUUAGUAGCAACUAUCUCACUGGAUCCAUCCCUCCUGAGAUUGGACAUCUUCAAUCUCUCACUUUGCUCAGUGUGGCUAAUAACUACCUUAUUGGCUCAACUCCUAUGUCCAUUGGAGAACCUAAACCACUCGUUAAUCUUUUUCUGGAUAGAAAUCAUCUUUCUGGGAACAUUCCAUCCCAAAUAUGCCAUUUGACAAAUUUACGCUUCCUCGCUGUUUCUGACAAUUAUUUAAACGGCUUUAUACCACCUGAAAUAGGCAUGCUGGUGUCUCUUGAGGUAUUGUAUGCAUAUAAAAACAAAUUUUCAGGUUCAAUUCCUUUGUCAAUUGGAAACUUGAGCAACCUAAUUGACUUGAAUCUUUCUGAAAACAAAAUAAUUGGAUCUAUCCCCUAUGAGAUUGGAAUGCUUAAAUCUGUUGUUAAUCUUUGUUUGUUUGAUAACCAUCUCAGCGGAACAAUUCCUAUGUCCAUUGGAAAUUUGAGCAACUUAAUUGAUCUUUGUCUUGCUGAAAAUAAAAUAUUUGGAUCCAUUCCCCAUGAGAUUGGAAAGCUUAAAUCUCUUGUUUAUCUUUCUUUGUUUGAAAACCAUCUCACUGGCUCAGUUCCUGUAUCCAUUGGACAACUUAAAUCUCUUGCUCGUCUUAGUUUGUAUUCAAAUAAUCUUAGUGGUUCAAUCUUUAUAGGAUCGAUUCCUUCUCAAUUGAACAACCUUACAAAUCUGGACUUCUUCCAAAUAGGCCACAAUUUCUUGUCUGGAUAUCUUCCAGAAAAUAUUUGUCUUGGUGGAAGGCUUAGAUGGCUUGGAGCAAAUGGCAAUUGCUUCACAGGUUCCAUUCCAAAACGCUUGAGAAACUGCAGUUCAUUAAUGAUUGUUUUACUUGAUGAUAAUCAACUAGUUGGAAAUAUAUCUGAAGUAUUGGGAUUAUACCCAAACUUGUAUAUCAUGGGAUUAAGCAAGAAUAAGUUUUUCGGUAAACUCCCUGGAAAUUGGGGAGAAUAUCCAAAGCUCAAUGUUGUCAACCUCUCUAACAAUAAAAUUAUUGGUGGGCUACCACAUGAACUUGGGAAAGCUACUCAAUUGCAUCAAGUUGACCUUUCCUCCAAUCUUCUAGUAGGGAAAAUUCCUAAGGAAUUGGGACAAUUGAAAUCGUUGUUCAUUCUUAAGCUCAGCAAUAAUUCCCUUUCGAGCACUGUUCCCGAAGAAAUUGGAAUGUUAGCUGACCUUCAAAUGCUUAACCUUGCUUCCAACAAAUUGAGUGGACCAAUUCCCGGACAUUUGGAACAGUGUUCAAAACUAAUCCAUUUGGACUUGAGCUAUAACAUAUUCAGUGGAAAUAUUCCCUUCCAAAUUGAAAUUUGCACUUCCUUGAAAAUCUUGAUCUGA